AUGAAUAACGACGAGGUUAUUCCAGCCAGCGGCAACGCAGAAAAACGCCUAAUUUAUAUCGAACAGAAAUUUAAUAGGUUUACAAAAACGUUGAAAUCCCUCAAAGAAUACUUAGCAAAGGGAUCGCCAGAUGCGACGAACGCGGAGUUACGAAUAAAUUCCCUUUCGACCAUAUAUCAAGGUUAUUCAGCGAAUCGCGAAGAACUUCUUUCGAUGCAACCUGAGCAUCCCCACAUUGCCGCAUUCGACGAACUCGAAUCCGAAUAUUUCGAAGUAGCAAGUCGAAUAUCGAAAAUGAACAAACCCCCAGCGAUCCCUUUCGCGAAUUCCAGUAUGCUCAACGGAAAUAACACCGCUACCUUCAUCGAGAGAACUAACGUGGCAAAACUCGCACCGUUGACAGUGCCCAAAUUCGACGGGAACCACAAGAACUGGGUCCCUUGGAAAGCCAACUUCCAAGCGCUUAUACACGAUCGUCCAGGAAUGGCGGGAAGCGUCAAACUAUCCCAGCUUCAAAAUGCAGUUCAGGGUUUAGCAGCGACCGUAAUAAAGGAAUUCUGUCUUGACCCCAGCGACGUCAGCUACGGUUUAGCUUGGGAAGCGUUGUGCAACGCUUACGAUCAACGACGUGUUCUAGUCAACGAGCACUUCGACACUCUGCUAAAGUCAGCUCCCGUUCAAAAUCCAACCGCCGAAACCACAGCCACCCUUAUGUACACCGUCCGUCAGCACGUCAGCAUGCUCAAAACAAUAAACAUUGCGAUCUGCGACGAGUUUGUCCUGCGAAUUCUCGAGAGAUGCCUGCCCGGGUAUCUCCUGUCGCUAUGGAUAGAUAAACACUCAAAUCGCGAAAUCCCCAAAUUGGAAGAAUUAUACAUCUUCGUUCAGGAUUCAAUAUUUAAACAACGAGCGAUAGGUGAACUUCCGAAACGAGAUUACCAGUCCAAAAGAAAAGGGGCAGGUAGCAAAGCAGAACCCCCGGCAAAGGUCUCCAGAAACAUUGCCAACACACUCGUUACUACCUCGACGACCAGCAACAACGCGUGCGUUCAAUGCGGUCAAUCCCACAGACUCUACAAGUGCGAAAAGUUCAAUAAGGCGAAAUUGAACGAAAGGUGGGAACUCGUCAAAGCAAAGGGGUUAUGUCGCAAUUGCUUAUACGUCCACUCCGCUUCCUGUACCAGCGAAAAAAGGUGCAAAAAAUGUCAUAAGGAUCAUCAUACCCUUCUACACGCAGAUAAAAAAUCAGGUUCAUCUACCCCUCAACCCGCGAACGAUUCAAAACCGUCCGGGACGUCUCAACCAUGA